UACACUGGUGACAGGCAUGAGCCACUAGUUACUGCUGCCGUCUUAAAGCCACACCUGCUUGCGAGUUUAAAACGAGAGAGAGAGAGAGAGAGAGAGAUCAUGGACAAGUGAAUUCAAAUCCCUGCAGUCACCAGCUGAGCACCAUUCGCUGCGAGUGGGCUGCUGUCAUACGUUAGCUGCUCUUCUAUAUUCCUGCCCUUUCCAUGAUACUGUGAUUUUUCCUGCUAUGGAUUUUCUGUGCUACUUCAGGAACACCUGGGAUAAAAUUGAAUCGAGAGCUGAACUGAUUCAUAUUUGCUUUUGAAAGGCAUCUCGGACUUGUCAACAUACAGGUGGAUCGCUUCGGGUUUUUUUUUUUUUUUUUUUUUUGAAGAGUAAGUCCAUAAUAAGGUCAUUCAGACUGUAUUGGGAAUAAGGAUUUAUUUGAAGCACGCUGGAUGCUACAGUGCGUGGCAAGAUACAUUGGACUGGUUCUGGGUCCAGGGGAAAAUGCCUGCUAUCCUGGUGGUCACUAACAUGAAGUCUGGACUGCCAAAGCCGAUCCACAGCGCCCUCCCCAUCCCUCAGGUGCCCACCCGGGCUGUGGCCCCCCGGCCCUGCUUCACCAGUCCCCCGCAGAGCAGCGCUCACCUCCACCUCGGGAGUGGCUGGGCGCCGGGAAAAAACUACCAUCCUGCUGAUAGUGAAGAGGACACACAGAUCUACACGGACUGGGCGAAUCACUACUUGGCCAAAUCGGGACACAAGCGUCUGAUUAAAGACCUGCAGCAGGAUGUGAGCGAUGGCGUGCUGCUGGCUGAGAUCAUCCAGGUUAUCGCAAAUGAGAAGAUUGAGGAUAUUAAUGGAUGCCCUAAGAGUCGUUCUCAGAUGAUUGAGAACAUUGAUGCCUGUCUGAGCUUCCUAGCAGCCAAAGGUGUGAACAUACAAGGACUAUCAGCCGAAGAGAUCCGGAAUGGAAAUCUGAAAGCCAUCUUGGGUCUUUUCUUUAGCCUGUCUCGAUACAAGCAGCAGCAGCAGGCGAUCAGACAGACGCACACGCAACACACACAUUCACACGCUCCCUUAAGCCAGCAGAGCAGCGCUCCGGCCCAGCUGAUCUCCACCUCGCAUGGGACACACACAUCAGCCUCACACACACACAGAACACAGGCAGAGAUGCAGUCCAGGGAUGGCUCUCAGAGUAAACUCAAGUUUUCCAUUGGUCAGAAAAAGUCUUCUAGAUUACCUGGCCCCACCUCGAGGAUGUCCACUGCGGGCAGUGAGAGUUCUCCUCGAGGGUCCAUCAGUUCAGCAGGGAAUCGCCGCAGCCAGGUGUUCAGCGAUAAAGCCAAACCUGCAGCAGCUCAGGCCAAAGAAUCAUCAGAGAGUAUCGCAUCACAAGGCGUGACUGAGCAUGCUCUGUCAUCCCUGGUGUCCGCCUGCACCUCUGUUAGCACCAGCACUGUGGCAUCUUCAUCGUCUUCAUCAGCCAUCCCCCAGCCCAACUCGAGUAGCAAACCCUGGAGAAGCAAAUCUCAGAGCACUAAGCACACUGCUACCUCCACCGCUCCCUCCACGGUGCUUUCCAUCAAGCCAGAUCUCCAAGCCAAGCAGUCCGUGCCUGCAGAUCCUCCACCGAAAGCUGUGCCUCAGAAGUCCAUGCUGGAGAAACUCAAACUUUUCAAUAGCAAAGGAGGCUCCAAGUCAUCCACGCAAACAGAGGGCGCUGUUACGCCGACAGGAGGAAAAGAUGCCGGUUUGGUUUUGGAAAGAGUCGAGGCUGGUUCCAAUACAGAACCCUUUGAGGAAAUGGAUGGUAAUGUCAGACCCACGAACGGAUCAAGUUCUGUUAACCUGACGACCAGCAGCCCAAAGAUUGCGCUGAAGGGCAUUGCACAGCGGACCUUUAGCCGGGCGCUCACGGCGAAAAAAGCCUCAACUAAAGCUGUAGAGAAAGAAAAGGAAAAAGCUAAGGAGAAAGACAAAAACGGGAAGGAGGGGUCCAAGCGUGUCCCUGCCUCGGAAAAGGUAGAGACCAAAGAAGAAGUUAAAGAGGAAGUUGUUCCGUCAAGCGGAGUUGCUCCCUCCGAGGCAGAGCCCAGGAAAGCCUCUAAGAUCGCCAGCUUUAUACCCAAAGGCGGCAAGAUGGGCGUUACCAAGAAAGAUAGCUCCGCCCCUGUGCAGAGCGGAAUUCCAAAACCAGGAAGUAAAAGCACAGGAAAUGGAGCGGUAAAAAGCUCAGCGCUGCCUCUCGGUGGUAAGGACAAUGAGAGGCCUCGCAGUAUGCGUCUGGGAGGGGGUCUGGGACUUCAUAGGGACAGUCGGCAUUCCUCGUCUUCUUCCAGCCUGGCUUCCACCGAGGGCAAAGGACACCAAACGCACAGUGGUGCCCUGGUGGCCAACGGAACACAAUCCACGGCCAGCAACACAGUCAGUGUGCAGCUGCCUCAACCCCAGCAGCAAUACAACCACCCCAACACAGCCACCGUAGCACCCUUCAUGUACAGGUCUCAGAAUGAGGCAGAAGGAAACAUUGACACAAACCCAAGCUCUGGAUGCCGCAGUAGUGACUCCAGCAGCUUCAGUAAAAUCAACCAGUCUUCAACUGAGGACCUGUCAGGUGAAGAUCCAGAGACUAGACGCCUGAGGACUGUCAAAAACAUUGCUGACCUGCGGCAAAAUUUAGAAGAGACCAUGUCAAGUUUGCGGGGGACGCAAAUCACACACAGUACACUGGAGACCACUUUUGAUGGUGGCGUAACCACUGAAAUGAGCGGUCGCAGCAUCCUCAGCAUGGCAUCACGAUCUGCGCCGCUGUCCUGGACCAGUCGCAUGGGCCAAUCCAGUCCUCGUCUACAAGCAGGAGACGCUCCCUCGGUUGGUAACGGGUAUCAGUCCCGGAGCGGAGGGGUGGCGUCCGGCCAGGGCCGGUAUCUGUACCAGGCUCCUCUACGGAAGCAGCUGGCAGCGCGCGGCAGCGCCCUCUGUGGUCUGGAGCUGGGAGACAGGGUGGAGGAUCUAGAGCUGGCAGGUGUGGGCCUGGAAAUGAGUGGCUAUAUGAGUGAUGGAGAUGUGCUGGCUAAGAACGCCCGCACUGAUGAGCUGACCAGUGGGUACAUGACGGAUGGGGGAUUGAGUCUGUAUACGCGGCGAUUGAAUCGGUUGCCGGAUGGAAUGGCGAUGGUACGGGAAAGUCUGCCGCGUAAUGCCUCCACUGGCCAGGGAGAUGCCGACAGUUGGGAUGACAGCAGUUCAGUCAGCAGUGGGAUCAGUGACGCCAUUGAUACUGAUGACAUCAACACCAGCUCCUCCAUAAGCUCUUAUGCCAACACCCCCGCCGCAUCCCGUAAGGCCCUGAACGGACAGCCUCAGACAGAUGCAGAGAAGCAUUCAGCAGUCGAACGCAACACUGCUUGGUCCAGUGAUGAGGUCAAGAAGUCAGAUGGGGGUCUGGAUUGUGGCAUCAAAAUGGAUGCGGGUCUGAAGUGGCGGAGGAACCCUUCAGAUGUAUCGGAGGAGUCCGAUAAGAGCAGCUCUGGACGGAAAACCGCACCCAUCUCUCAGACCGGCUCUUGGAGGAGGGGCAUGAGCGCGCAGGUGGGCGUGACCGCACCGCGGACGAAAAGUACAACCGUAACCACGGGAACUGGCGUGAUUAAGACACAAGGUAAAACAGAUGACGCUAAGGUCUCUGAAAAAGGCCGUAUGUCUCCCAGUUCCAACAUCGCCCAGCAUUCUUCCUCUGAAGCCGGUCGAAGCAGCGGAGACGAAGCCAAGAAAACCCCGGCAGGUCGAGUCCCCACAAGCACAUUCGGUUUCAAGAAGUCUAAUGGCGUCCACGGCCCAGCCACUGCCGUGACAACCUCCAGCAUCACUCUGGUGACAGCGAGCGGUGCCACUAUAACCAGCGGCUCUGCCACCCUGGGCAAGAUACCCAAGUCCUCUGCCCUUCUGGUUGGAGGGAGAGGGUCGUUAAAAGGGGCUGUGGAUGGUUUAUUGCCCCCUCAGGAGGAUGGCUACCUGUCCCCCAGUGCUCGUUCGACACUGCAGUACCGUAGUCUACCUCGACCCUCCCGCUCCGGAGCCGCGGCCCGCAAUGGAAACCGAUCAUCCACAAGCAGCAUCGAGGCAAGCCUGAGUGCCCGAACGCCCGUCCUUACUGCUGUCACGGCCAAUAAGACGAGAGAUUCUGCCCCUAAAACCAAUGGGCAUGUAAUCCAAGCCAAUCAGACGGACAAAGAGAAGGGCGUGACCUCAGAGAUGGACAGCCUAAGAUCUAGUCCGAUUGUUUCGGGAGGAGGGGCGGCAACUAUUCCACAGACAGCGAGACAGGGAAACAAGUACAGCGAGGUCUCAUCCCCAACAUUGCGAAGACUUUUUGGAGGUAAGGCUGCCAAGCAAGCCCCAGUCACCACUGCAGAGAGCAUGAAAAACUCUGUCGUCAUCUCCAACCCCCACGCUACCCUUGGGCACACCCAGUCCUCCGGUGGGCCCUUGGACUCCCCCUCCACAAUACCAGGUAGCGGCGGCAGCAGUCCCCUGUACGGGGGUCGCGGCGCCAGCAUAGGGGGCAGCGAACAAGCUUCGAGCCCUGGUUCGGUGUACUCAACGGGGACAGGGACCUGGGGAACCACCAUAAGCAGCUCUUCGGCUCUCGGGUACCCCUCCGUGAGCAGCAUGCACACCAGCAGCGAGUCCAUUGACAUGUCUGUAGGCAGUGGGCAUCACCGUGAUGAUGUUCACCCUGCACUGAUGAGAACCGGUAGUGCCAAGACGGGCAUGUCAGAGAGUCCCCUCUCCUCUCCCUCUGCGAGUCCUAAAUUCAGCCGUAACACAUUGCCAAGGAAGCAAGACAGCGAUUCCUGCAGUGAUAGAAGCACGCUUCCCAAGAGGGGACUCAAGUACAGGUACGCCCCUUCACCACAGCUGCGUCAGGAAGAGGCGCGUGAUUGGCUGCGCUCACAUUCGGCUGGUGGAUUGCAGGACUCAGCCAGUAACUCUCCCUUCUCCACCGGUUCCAGUUUGACGUCACCCUCUGGAACACGAUUUAACUUUGCACAACUUGGAAGCCCCACAACAGGUGCUCAGAUUAACCUGGCCAGUCUGCGCAACAACAGCCUGACCAACCAGGACAACCAGCUGGACAGCCAUGGUGAUUCCCGUCUGCGCAACUCCUGCAUGUCGCUGGACGAGAAGACACGCACCAUGAGCAGGUCGGGAUCCUUCAGGGACGGGUUUGAGGAAGUUCAUGGAUCGUCCCUCUCACUGGUGUCCAGCACCUCAUCUGUCUAUUCAACGACGGAGGAGAAAUCACAGUCAGAGAUCCGCAAGCUGCGUCGAGAACUGGACGCCUCCCAGGAAAAGGUGUCCGCCCUGACAACACAACUCAGUGCCAAUGCCCACCUGGUGGCAGCGUUUGAGCAGAGUUUGGGUAACAUGACCAUCCGACUGAAGAGCCUCACCAUGACCGCAGAACAGAAAGACUCUGAGCUGAACGAGUUGAGGAAAACCAUUGAGCUGCUAAAGAAGCAAAACGCAGUAGCUCAAGCAGCCAUCAAUGGCGUCAUCAACACUCCAGAGCUCACCUGCAAGAGUGAACGCACAGGUAAUAACGGUUCAUCCCCCGGAGCGCAGCCGGACCUGCGCAUGCGCAGACAGCACUCAUCUGACAGCGUCUCCAGCAUCACCAGCGCCACCAGCCACUCCAGCCUGGGCUCCAACAUGGACAACCCCGACUCCAACAGUAAGAAGAAGAAGAAGAACUGGCUGCGGAGCUCCUUCAAACAGGCCUUCAGUAAGAAAAAAUCACCCAAGUCGGCCUCAUCCCACUCAGACAUUGAGGAGAUGGCGGAUUCCUCUCUCCCUUCCUCUCCCAAACUCCCUCACAACGGCACCAGCACCUCGGCACUGCUGCUCCGCAACACACACUCCAGCUCAAUACUGUCAGACUGUCUGGAUGGGGAGGCGGAGACUGUGAUGCAGCUGCGUAAUGAGCUGCGAGAGAAGGAGAUGAAGUUGACAGACAUUCGACUGGAAGCACUAAGUUCCGCCCACCAGCUGGACCAGCUGCGGGAGGCUAUGAACCGCAUGCAGGUGGAGAUCGAGAAGUUAAAGACGGAAAAUGAUCGUCUUAAGUUGGAAACUCAAGCCAGUGGGAGUAGGGCGUCCUCUCAAGUAUCUGUCUAUAACCCAACCCCGACACCUGGCCUGUCUCAACACAGCCUCAACCUCACAGAGUCCACCAGCUUCGACAUGUUGCUGGAUGACUCUGGUGGAGACGGAAGCUCUCGUAAAGAGAGCAGACAUGUGAAGAUAGUUGUCAGUCUUCAAGACGACGUCACGUGGAAAGAGGACAGCAGGACUCGAGACUUCCUGAUUGGCUGCAUUGGUGUCAGUGGAAAAACCAAGUGGGAUGUUCUUGAUGGGGUUGUGCGGCGCUUGUUUAAGGAGUACAUCAGGCAUGUUGAUCCGGUCAGUCAUCUGGGUCUGGGUUCAGACAGCGUUGAGGGCUAUCGUAUUGGAGAUGUGAUCCGGUCCAGCGGGGCAGACACACCUGAACUCCUGCCUUGUGGAUACCUCGUGGGAGAGAAUGACACAAUCAACAUCUCACUGAAAGGCGUGAACUCUCAGUCCCAGGAUUCUCUGGUCUUUGAAACGUUGAUUCCCAAACCCAUGCUGCAGCGCUACGUGUCUUUGCUCCAAGAACAUCGCAGGAUCAUCCUUUCAGGCCCCAGCGGCACUGGAAAAUCCUACCUGGCUCACAGACUGGCGGAGCAUCUGGCGCUGCGAGAGGGCAAACUGCCCAAUGAGAGCAACAUCGUCACCUUCAAUGUUGACCAUAAAUCCAGCAAGGAGUUGCGUCAGUACUUGGCAAAUAUAGUGGAGCAGUGCAGCGCUGAGGGACAGGAGACUGAAGCCCCUCUUGUGCUCAUUCUGGACAACCUUCAUCAUGUCAGUUCACUCGGAGAAAUGUUCAACGGCCUGCUUAACUGCAAAUACCAGCGCUGCCCGUAUAUAAUUGGCACUAUGAGUCAGGCGACAUCUUCUGCUCCAAACCUGCAGCUUCAUCAUAACUUCAGAUGGGUGCUGUGUGCUAAUCACAUGGAGCCGGUAAAAGGUUUCCUGGGCCGGUUUCUGAGGAGGAAGCUGAUCGAGACAGAGAUCGGCAGCCGAUCACGGACACCGGAGCUGGUGAAGAUCAUUGACUGGAUCCCUCAAGUCUGGCACCACCUCAACCGCUUCCUGGAGGCUCACAGCUCCUCUGAUGUGACCAUUGGUCCACGUUUGUUCCUGUCCUGUCCGAUGGAUGUGGACGGUUCUCGUGUUUGGUUCACUGACCUGUGGAACUACUCCAUCAUCCCCUACAUGCUGGAGGCUGUGAGAGAAGGUUUACAGCUGUAUGGUCGCAGAGCAGCAUGGGAGGAUCCUGCACUGUGGGUUCUGGAAACGUUUCCAUGGGCAGCUUCUCAUCAGCAUCCUGAUUGGCCAGCUUUGUUGCAGCUCCGCCCAGAGGAUGUGGGCUUUGAUGGAUACUCCGCCUCCAGAGAGGGCCUUAACAAACAGAGCACUCAGAGUGACAGUGAUGCCGACCCACUGAUGAACAUGCUCCUGCGUCUGAAAGAGGCGGCCAGCUGCUCCAGCCCGCAGAGUUACGACAGCGACUCCAAUAGCAACAGUCAUCAUGACGAUAUCCUGGACUCUUCGCUGGAGUCCACACUAUGAUCCAGCCUGAUCCAUUAUGCCAUUUAAUUCCUUAACUGUUAUGCCAGCUGAGGCAGCGAAAUCAAGUCUACAUGAAAUCACAACGGGUGCUGGUAACCCAAAUAAAGAAUGACACUUCAUAUAUAAAAAAAGAUAUAUAUAAAAAAUAUAUAUGCGGCAAAACUCAACGGCACUUCAAGCUGCCUCGUGUAAAAUUUGACAUCAACAAAAUCAGAAGAAAGUGCUUUGUCCCAAUUUUUACCUCAAAAGUAAAAGUGCGGUCACAUUAGCGAAAUUCUCUGGACAAAAUUGUCUUGUCAAAAGUGUAGUGACGUAUGAAGCACAGCUCACACAGAAGUCGCUUUUAAACAAGCAGCUUUCUGUUGGUCAAAGCGUUGAAUCCAUGUGACCAACUUGAACCCUUCGCAAAAUCUUUCGCCCUCACACGAAAUUCUAGAUUGCGUGGAUUCCUAUUGAAAUGAGUGGAUUUCACCUGCAUAAAUUUGCCGAACAUCUAUAAAUGUGGCCGCACCUUAACAGUUGGAGAAACUUUCACGCACAAUGCAAUGCUCGUUUGUCUUACUACCCUCUUCUGGUGAAAUGGAGGAGUUACAUCUUUAGACCACCACCUUGGCGUCAGCGUCUCGUCCUUUCACCGUCCACCUUCAUCGCUUGAAAGAACAUCGACUUUCCCACUAUUGAUGGAUUUGCUCAUGACUUUACAAAACCAGCUUGAUCGGAUGCUGACCAUCGUUCCAUGUUUAACGUGAUGAAAUAGCAUGGUGCUACACUUUUAUGAGUUCAGACUUAUUUAUUGUGACGAUUGGGAAAAAAAAAUACCUCGUUUACCAUCUGGGACGUGUUUUAUUUGCCCUUCUGCAUAUUGUCUUGUUUUGAAACCACCUGCUGACCGCAUGAUCCAGUGUUGUACUGUAGCACAAAGCCUAUCUAUCUAUUUUUUACCCUCGAUCGCUCUCUGUUUUGGUGCUGAAUGGAAUCUGGUGCCUUACUCCAUUUUGUAAAGAAUACGGCACUAUGUUUUAUACUUCAGAAAAAUGCUGAGUUUAUUACGUUUCGUAAUUGAGCUACAGGGCUCUGCGCUACUCUUUGAGUUUGCCUCAUAGUCAUCAUAUCAUAUCAGAGGUACAACAAUAUGUGGUUUGGAAAAGAGGAAGUGGACAAAGGGAGCCUCCAUCUGUUUUCAAAUUUGCCUACUUUUUUUUUUUUUUUUGUUCUGCUAAAAGGGACGUUUUACAGUUUCAAACAUAAGAAAAAUGAUGCAUUGUUGCAUUUAUAUAUGUGAAAUACAUAUGAUCACUACUGGCAAAGUUCAUCUUGAGUGGUUAAGCUGUAAGGCUUUGCUUGGUGCUUAAAGACCUUCUCAAAUACAUCUUGGCAAAAGCACAGUGUGCUGCAGGAGAAAUCGUUCAUAAUUUGGUGUAUGAGUAUUACCUCAUUGACCAUUUUGGCCUUUAUCAUGUACAUAUCUUACAUUCAAUGUGAAAGAGUAACACGUCUACAUAGACAUUGGAUUAAUAAUAUACUGUAUUUGCUGCUUUAUAAUGCGAGGAUGCUUCUGGAGGGUUUGUACAUAAAAUUUUAUCUUUGAUUCUCUAUAAAGGAACAUUAAUUUGUAUGGAUAGUGAGUUUCCUUGCAUGGGAAAGCAUUAUAUAUGGGGCUAUUCAGUGUUUUCACCUUCUUUACGUUGUCUAAUGCUGUUUGUAUGGCACUACAGGGUUUUAGUUCCAACAUUGCUUCCAUUUCACUCCAGUGUAUGAUUCCUGUAAGUCAUCGAUCCUAUGCAACAUCAUCGUGGAUUUAAAACGGAAGCCAAAUAUCGAAGCUCUGUAAUGCUGUCAGCACUGCCAAUACAUUGUGUGUACACUGUGUAUAUAAUUUUGUGAAUAAUUUUGUGAAUAAUUUUAGGAUAUGUGCCUAAUAUUCUUUGAUGGAUUAUGAUGAUGAUGAAGUCAUUUUAAGCACAAAUGUUGUAUGUGAUUGUUGUAACUGAAAUGGGAGGGCUAUAAUCGAAUGGAACUCGUGUCACUGAAUGUGUACUUUGCUGAAACCUUGUUUCUUGCUGUAAUAUAUCAGUGUAAAUAUUUGACAACCCUGCAGGCUGCAUUUUGCUGAAUAAUCUUUUUCUAGCCAUUUAUAACAGUGCUUGGAAAUAUGGAAUAUUUUGUGUACAGUGUCUUUUUCAUCUUAACAGUCGUCUAGUUUCCCAUGGAUGAUCUGUGAAACACAGAUGACCCACAAAGAUUUACUGAUCACGUUACCUGUUUUAAAUUAUUUGUAAUUCAAUAAACCUAAUAAUUAUUUAUUAA